AUUGGUGUGACGUACGAGCUUACGCAGAUUUGGUUGACAAGUCGUCCGCAAGUCGAGGAAUGUUCGCAUCGGACGCCAAAGCAUGAGGGACGACGCAUUAACGUAAUGAUGCAGAGAGCAGUGCUGCUGCUCUGUUGGCUACCGCUCCUCAACCACUGCCACGCCGUAAAUCCAGGUUGUUCUUGUGUUGUAUACAGCAGCUCAGACAGACCUCAAGGUGGCACUUUUACAUCUCCUGAUUUUCCGAAACGAUACUCACCGAAUAUCGAUUGCCUUCUAUACACAUUCGUUGGCCAUCCAGAUGAAAUUAUUGUUCUAACGUUUCAUCAAUUCAACAUUCGUCGUAUCGGGCCCGAUUGUACAAAAGGAGAUUACUUGAAGCUAUUUUUACACCUGGAAAGUAAAGGUAUUUCCGAGUAUACCCCUUGGUCCAAUGUGCUUUGCGGAGAACUGCGUGACAUCCCACAAGUUCUUUACAGUUCAAGAUCGACACUCAUUCUGGAGUUUCAUACUGAGGGUCCAGCAUCUAAUGCCACUGGCUUCUCUGGCACUUUUCGUUUUAUCGAUAGACGUUUAUUUGAGAUGGACGGUCUGCUGGUGCCCGGCACGAUGUGCGAUCACGAGUUUGUCAGUUCGCAAUCGACGCCACAAUACGGACGAUUUUACUCGCCGCGGUACCCGUCCCCCUAUCCGAAGAACAUCCGGUGUUCCUACCUCUUCCGGGCAAGGUUGAAGGAGAGAAUCCGUUUGGUCUUUGAGGAGAUUUCUCUACAAAAGGGAGAUUUGAGUUGCCUGAAUAGGGCGGAUUUAAUCAGGGUGCACGACGGAACGGAUUCAGGGGCGCCCACAAUAGCCGUGCUCUGCAACCAGGGAGCGGAAGUGGAGGUACUCAGUACAGGAUCAGGUCUCUACGUCGAGUUCGUCGCUAAUUCCGAGUGGCCGGGCCAAGGCUUCAAGGCGAUGUUCCAAUUCCAGCCAUUGGACGAUGCGCUGCAUCCUGAGCCGGACAAGGUCCCAGGGGCCGUUACGGGGAACCCCAAGUACUCGGUCAUCGGACCAGCUGUCAGCGCUACUACAUCGCUCUGCGACGUGGUUUACAGCAGCGAUACAACAAAAACGGGCGUAGUUAUGUCACCUGGAUACCCGAAUCCAUACCCACCCAGAACGCACUGUACAUACGACUUCCAAGGAAGGGGAAAGGAACGGGUGCAGGUGAUAUUCCAGGACUUGAAUCUGUUUCACUCACCAAAUGAUCCGAAUGACUGCGAUGGAGUCGAUUCACUAGUGGCAUUUGUAUAUAUAGACGGGAAAAAGGAUAAAAUAGAUUCAUUCUGCGGGGAAACACCACCGCGGCCUAUCAUGAGCAACGGUCCGCGGCUGUCCUUGGAGUUUCAGGGGGUAACGUCGUCUCGUCAUUCGAGAGGCUUUAAAGCAACGUACACCUUCAUGGAAAACUUCGGUAUAACGACAGGCCGGCAGGAGGGACAGUAUCCGUGUGCCUUUGUUUUCAACAGCAACGAGACCCGGAACGGUACGUUCGCGUCGCCAAAUUACCCCGGACUGUACCCUCGUAGCACGGAAUGCUACUACUUCUUCUAUGGUCAAUCUAACGAGCGGGUUCACCUUCAUUUCCACUUCUUCGACGUCGAGGGGGUGUUACCGUGCGAAGCUGUGUCAGCCAGCGAUUACGUUGAAUUCUCCAACUACAUGAUCAGAGAUCGGAAGUAUCCGAGGCAUUGUGGUCAGCUGAAAGAAUUCGACGUUUACAGCGACAGAAAGUUCUUCCGCGUUACGUUCAAGAGUAACGAUCGUCUCGACGCCACGGGCUUUAAUGCCAGUUACGUGUUCCUAGACGAGGAAGAAAAUUACACGAUGAAGAUACCUGCGAGCAACGGAUCGGCACGGCACGGUAUCGCGCCCUCGCCACUGCCGUUGCUGCUGCCACUACUGCUGCUGCUGUUCGCGAACUGUCUCUUCGUGGGCGGCGAUAGAAGCUCGCAUUAAGAAGAGGCAGCGAAAACGGCGGCCACGUGAACGACUCUUGGCUCAAUUUACAACGAACCGCAACCUUUCGCAAGAUCGUGAGCCAUCCAAGGUCCACCAAUAGCUCAAGCUCAUCGAAGAAAGUGACGACCCCGUUUAACAAAUUCGCCGGGAGGGGGCGCGUUUAACUGAAGUCUAUUAUCCGACCCGGGGGGCACGGAAGUCUUAAACGUGUCCCGCGUAUCCUUUCUCAUUCUAUCCCAUUCGUCCGCGUCAACGUCGACCAUUUCGAGGAGAGAGCAUCGGCGGUAAAAUACUUUUACGUUUAAACAGCGCGGAAGAGAAACGACCGCGCGCGGGACGGUGUCAUUCGUCGGGGAACUCGUCGCGAGCCUCCGUUACCGUAAGCAGGAGAAGUGGGAUUAAUUGGCUGCGUGGCUAAAUUGGCCGCUGGCUAGUCUUACGAGGGAUAAGUUACGGUCGGCGGCAACUCUUCCGAGAAGAAUUUUUACCUUCGGGAGAGUAUCAGGUGAAUCUCCUUCGGGGUGGCCUGGCGCGCCACGCAAAGGGGGAGGGGGGGGGGAGGAAUACCCAGUACGAGACCCGUUGCCGCUGUUUCGAUUCGGGCGGAUGCAUUUUAAGCGCGCGCGCGCGCGAUAUCCCUCUGUUUAUCGUUUACAAUUUAACUUUAAUCACAAUUUAAAAAGUUGAAACGGCGCUCGCAGCUGCGAAACACUUUAGCUCUCAACGUUUCUUUCAAUACUGAGAAAAUUGUAAAGUUAGGAGCGCGUGCUCUCUUAAGCCGGGGUCCGGGUGGAAUGCGAGGGUGCGCAAAUAAACACGAACGAACAACUCGAACGACUCGACGCCCGGCUCACCCUUAUCGCGAGCUAAGUUAUUCGUUUGCGUUCGUUCGCGCUCGUGCACCACACUUGGACCCGGCCUUCGAGGGAAAAUCAUUCGCCGUCAAUUCAAACGAUCAAUUCAAACCUGAUUUUACUCGUUCAAUCGAUGUUCAAUGUUCUUCUCCUCCCGCGGGGAACGAAUCUCUCGAGUCAUCGUAAUUGUUUGUCCGUAUAUCGAAAGUCAUACGUACCGUAGGAAAAAAAAAAAUUCGCCUUCACAAAUACGCUACGGACGGACUUUUACUAUACAUCCUCUAUACGACUGUGAUGUUCCCGUUCUUUCUUAGUUUAAUAGAGACGAAAGCAAGUCUGAAACAUUCGCGAUAGCGAACAUUCGUAAUUGAUAAUUAGGUGAUCCUGAAGAUACUGUUAAUCGCCGAUUGCAUCAUGAGAACUUAGGGAAGCGUAUAGUUAAGUAUUUACUGUCAAAAAUGCCUGUUUCAACGAGUGAACGUUUUAGGCUAACAGGAAAAUCGCGUAAUAAUCCGAAAUUACGAAUUUCGAAUCCGGUGAGAAUACGUAAUUGACACGUUUAACGGAAUAUGUGGGAGCGAUUAACGAUUGCAAUUCUUUAAAAAGCGCGUUCGGUUGAGCGAUUUCAGCGAUGAAUGUUUCAAUAAUGAGCAAUACGUGAUCGACCGAAUUUACGGGCUAGUAAUGAUUAAAGAGGGAUAUUUUGGAAACAUUUUUUUGAGCUUGUGGGCUGCACUCAAUAUUGCACGAUUUAAUGUUACUACAUUGCUAAUUACUAGUUCCUUUCAACCUAUAUAUCACAACGCAAAAUCGGAUUCUACAAAAAUCACGUUAAUCUAAUUAAUUUGCUUUUUAUUAAAUCGAUAUAUAAUUACAUGAGCAAGAGUUGAAUGUAGUAAAAUAUUUUUUUGUCUAAUUAUCUAUUGGAAUUAUUAUUAAUUUCUAAUAUUAGUAUUCUAAUAUUAAAUUUUUAUUGCUCUAACCUUGAAUGUUUUACGAUAUAUCGUAUGUAUAAAAUUAUCGCCGCUCUUGUUAAACCAGAGUCUUUAAGUAAUAAUUCUUUGGAAAUUAGGAAAUAAUUGUUUAUCAAAAGAAAACUUAAUGACCGUCCUGUCUCUAUGAGAAUUUGUUUAUUAGUUAAAUAUUAUUUUAAUUCAACAAUAUCAAGUCAUAAAUUAAGUCUAUGUUUUAAAAAAUAUUUAAAACUUGCACUUGUAAAAUACUUACAUCUUGAUGUAGCUCAUUUUUUGCAAAAUUACGAGUACAUAUGCUACUAGAAUGUAUCACCAACAAGUUCUCCAAGGGUUAGCGAAACAAAUAUCCGUUUGUUUAAAAAUUAAUUUUGCGCGUUUGACCAAGUGUAAUAUGUCCACAAAUUAAAUAUUGUUGAUAUUGAUGCUGCUACGUCAUAGAGAUACGAAUAAAUAUGGUGCCCGUCAAAGAGAAAGAGAGUGCAGUUGUAGAAUCAUUUAUACGACGGUCAUACAACUUAAGGAAUAGCAGAAGAGAACUCGGCUCAUUGUAGAUUCGGUUGAAUGCAUUCACGCCGCGUCAAUAUAACGUAAAGCGGCUCCACUUUCUCAAAAAAAUGAUUUCAAAAGGAACAAGGUAGUGAAGUUAUAGGCCCGAUGUAUUUCCUCGAGCUUACUUACAGCGAUUAUGACAACCAGAUAGUGUCGUAUUCUAACAGUUCUCCGCACGCCGAGCGUGAAUAUCGGUUUUAUCCGACUGUAUUUACACAAAAUUAUGGCGAAAAGCGUGAGCUCGGUGCCGAGCGAGCACAAUCUCGUAUACGUGUGGAAAAUCAGCAUGGAAGACAACACAAGUGUGAAGAAUGAGAAUGGACUUCUAUGAACUCGAUAUCAAAUUGUGUAUCUAUAGAUACAUAACUAGGUAGCAAUACUGUCAUUGUGUACGUUAGGCUCUAUCGUACGUCGAGUACUUUUUAAAUAGAUUUAUAAUAUUUUUUAUAAUUUUAAAUAGGUUUAUAUAUAAUAUGUGUUGAUGAAAAUUCUUCCUAAAAGUUUCCCCAUUGAUUUUGGCAAGAGGAGUAUGCUCACACGGUGUGAUUUGUAUGCUUGCGUGUUUGCGUGCGAAAGGCAAAAAAGAAACUGCGUGUGCGUGACGUGUGACUCGCGGAGGAUCAUUUUCGUUUUCUGUUGUUCCCGCGUUAACGAAAAAUAAGA